AUGUGGGUGUGGAUGUGGGUCUACGCCUGCAUGCGCGUGCCCAUAAAGCGAUCUCUGCGGCGAGUGCCCUCCGGUGGCAGAGCGAGUGACCUUCUCGAGAGAAACAGUGACUCUCGAGAGCAGCAGCGAGCGACCCUCUCGAGAGCAGCAGCGAGCGACCCUCUCGAGAGCAGCAGCGAGCGACCCUCGAGAGCAGCAGCGAGCGACCCUCUCGAGAGCAGCAGCGAGCGACCCUCUCGAGAGCAGCAGCGAGCGACCUUCUCGAGAGCAGCAGCGAGUGCCCUCUCGAGAGCAGUAGCGAGCGACCCUCUCGAGAGCAGCAGCGAGCGACCUUCUCGAGAGCAGCAGCGAGUGCCCUCUCGAGAGCAGCAGCGAGUGCCCUCUCGAGAGCAGCAGCGAGUGCCUCUCGAGAGCAGUAGCGAGCGACCGUCUCGAGAGCAGCAGCGAGCGACCUUCUCGAGAGCAGCAGCGAGUGCCCUCUCGAGAGCAGCAGCGAGUGCCCUCUCGAGAGCAGCAGCGAGUGCCCUCUCGAGAGCAGUAGCGAGCGACCCUCUCGAGAGCAGUAGCGAGCGACCGUCUCGAGAGCAGCAGCGAGUGCCCUCUCGAGAGCAGCAGCGAGUGCCCUCUCGAGAGCAGCAGCGACACAGCGAGCGACCCUCUCGAGAGCAGCAGCGAGUGCCUCUCGAGAGCAGCAGCGAGUGCCCUCUCGAGAGCAGUAGCGAGCGACCCUCUCGAGAGCAGCAGCGAGCGACCCUCUCGAGAGCAGCAGCGAGCGACCGUCUCGAGAGCAGCAGCGAGUGCCCUCUCGAGAGUAGCAGCGAGUGCCCUCUCGAGACAGUAGCGAGCGACCCUCUCGAGAGCAGCAGCGAGCGACCCUCUCGAGAGAAGCAGCGAGCAACCCUCUCGAGAGCAGCAGGAGUGUCUCUCGAGAGCAGCAGCGACUGA